UUGUCUCCCAAGGAAAUGUAGAACAUCAAUCUGAUGAGUUUUGGUCUUUGGUCUCCGAGCCUCUCACUUUUUUGAGAUGUGGUUCUGAGCUUCAGAACACAUUUCAGAGCAUGUCUACUUUACUUCUCCGUUUCAUGUCACCUUAUCCAUUUCCUGUUCAAUUCAAUCUUCAAUGGUUACCUUCUAGGCUUCUCUUCUCUCUGAUUUCACUUUGAAAACUAACUCUUACCAAUCUUGAGACUUAACUGGCUCAUGUAGGGUUUCAGCAUUUUUCCCAUUGCAGUUAAAAAUAAAAUAAAAUUAAUAAUGGAAUCUGGAGAUAGGUUCUACUCAGUUGAUGAGUUCAGAUUGGACCCUAAAUGCCUCAUUGAUCCUAAACAUCUCUAUGUUGGGCCACGGAUUGGAGAGGGAGCUCAUGCCAUAGUCUACGAGGGAAAAUAUAAAAACCAGACUGUUGCUAUUAAAAUUGUACAUAAAGGAGAAACCGUAGAAGACAUUGCCAAGAGAGAAGGUCGCUUUGCAAGGGAGGUGGCUAUGUUGUCUAGAGUGCAACAUAAGAACUUGGUGAAGUUUAUUGGUGCCUGCAAGGAGCCUGUAAUGGUGAUAGUCACUGAGCUGUUAAUGGGAGGAACAUUGCGGAAGUAUUUGCUUAACUUGCGCCCCAAAUGCUUGGAUACACAUGUUGCCAUUGGUUUUGCACUUGAUAUUGCACGUGCUAUGGAGUGCCUACAUUCUCAUGGGAUCAUCCACCGUGAUCUUAAACCUGAUAACUUGCUAUUGACUGAAGACCAGAAAACAGUCAAGCUAGCAGAUUUUGGUUUAGCGAGAGAAGAGUCAUUAACUGAAAUGAUGACCGCUGAAACAGGAACUUACCGUUGGAUGGCUCCAGAGUUGUAUAGUACUGUCACACUGAGGCAGGGGGAGAAGAAGCAUUACAACCAUAAAGUAGAUGCUUAUAGCUUUGCAAUUGUGUUGUGGGAGCUUUUGCACAACAAAGUUCCUUUUGAAGGCAUGUCAAACCUUCAGGCAGCAUAUGCCGCAGCCUUUAAGAAUGUAAGGCCUAGUGCAGAAAAUCUUCCUGAGGAAUUGGCUCUAGUUCUUACUUCAUGUUGGCAAGAGGACCCAAAUGCCCGACCCAACUUCACCCAAAUAAUCCAAAUGCUCCUAAACUAUCUUUACACUGUUUCACCUCCUGAACCUAUGAUUCCUUCAAGAAUAUUCACUUCUGAGAACACUGUCUUUCCACCAGAGUCACCUGGUACUAGUUCCUUAAUGGCAAAACGUGAUGACAUAGGCGAUACACCCAGAUCAAAGGACGAAAUCAAGCCUAAUGGUUUUCUUUGCUGCUUCAGCCAGUGUUAUUAACACCUGAAUAAGUACUUUUAAGUUAAAAAUGGGAUAAAAUGAUUGUUUAGAUAGAAUCUACUCCAAAGAGAUCCUUUUGACAACUCGGUAAAUGUUCAGUAAAAUUCACUUGCAAUUUAGUUCUUUUUUCCUCUUUUGGGACCUAGCAUGUUUUUCAUCUGACACAGAUGUGUAUGCAUAGGAUCUCGGUCUGGUAACGUGGACUACCAUCCAGCGUUGUUAGGAGUUGCACCUUGAGUUCAUAAAACGUUAGAUUAUAUCUUUGAUAUCUUGAAUUCGGUUCGUUCCAACCCAAUGAGACAAGUAUCCCCUUCAUUUCACUUUACCUUGCCAUGUACGGAUAUAUUUUAAUUAGUAAACGUAGUGGACAAAUGGAAUUAGCAGACAUUUGCUUUAACAUUCGUAUUGUGGGUAACGUCUCAGUUAUAGGCAUUACAAGUAGCCUAUGUAAACAAUGACCAGAC